AUGACUGAAGGCAUCAAGGCCAUCUUUUCCUUGGCUGAUGCGGAUACCUACGUGCACUUCAGCUAUAUGGCCGAGAAGACCAGCUCGUUAAUAGCCACAAGGUCCACCGUUACGACAGGCACCCACUUCCCUAACCCUCCGGUAGGUGGACCAUCUCUCAAUCAAGCCGACACUGAUCCAAGUGACAUCUAUCCACAUACUCCGCAGCGUCAAGCGACGUUGACCCAAACCCAAACCUCGCCAUCCUCCCCCGUGACUGAAGCCAUCGUAGACGACAUGGCGCCUCCUCGACGCGACGCAAGCGGUCGCUUUACUCCCGGAGAGAGUGCAUUCGCAUAUCACACCGGAAAUGUCAAGGUAAAAUGCUAG